AUGCAGGCUUUGGCUGACCAGCUCCGGAACAUUAACCCUCCGUCGGCCUUCAUUACCUCUGAGAACAAGGCUUUCGUUGAACAAAUGGUGGACCUUGCUUCCUUGGAAGACGAAGAUAUUGCAGCUAAGGAUAUUGACUUGAAGAUUGGUGAUGACAUAGUCAACGUGCAGCUUCUCAUCCAGGCUUUAAUUGGAUGUUGCUUCGAAUGGAUAUAA